AUGAGGUCCCGUGGAAGUGGAAAUUGGAAUCCCAAUUCUCCAUAUUCUCCACCACGAAGCGGAAAUCAUUCACCUGUUCGAGAUUUGUUUCGUGCUUCAAGUAUUUAUUCACCAAAUGGAAAUUCAGUUCAUUCAGAGUACCGAACAACGAAAAAACAAUCAAUUAAAGAAAAAUAUACACUUCCAGAUGAAAUAAUACAUCGUAGCAAAUACAAACCAGUGUUAAAUAAGUCUCCAGUUUCAUCUCCCUCAAAAGGCUCUCCAAUUAAAUCAAGAGAUUCACCAUACAAACAACAACAGUCACCAAAACUCGUUGUUAGCCUGACUGAACGCUUAAAACAAAAUGGUGUAAUUAACGAUACAAGAUCAUCACCAAACAAGCGUUCUGAGCAUAUGGAUCCAAUAGAACGAAUUAGAAAAUUACUUGAGGAGAUUGCUUCUGACUCUGAUUCUGAUAAUGUUGAAGAUAUCAUCGAUUCAAUUCAUGCUGUUGCGGAUGGAAGGAUGCCAAAGAGCUCCUGUAAGUAUUUCAGCAAUAUUGAUUUACCACAGACUCAAUAUAUUCCACCAAAACCUAAAAUCGAAAAUAUACAAAAAGAAACUCCUCCAAAUAACACUCCUAAGUCUGUUCAACAAUCCCCUGCUACCACUAAGAAGUAUCCUCCUAAGAAACCACUUAAUAAUGUGAUAAUUUUGGGAGAUUCCGAAGAUGAAAUUCCAGAUGUAGUCAAAAGAGAUAUAGAAGACACAUUAGAUGUUAGCCCUAUCAAGAAGAGCACUACUACACAAGAAAAGCAAGCAGAAACAGUUGAAAAACCACAACAAAAAGCUCCAUCACCAAAACAACCACAUGUAAGUCCAAAAUUCAAUGUUGGCGAGGAUCUUUACAACCAGGUCUCAUCAUCGUUGAAAGAAGAUGACGUGAAAUCAGUUAAUAGUCAGAAAUCUGGAAAAUUAAGUCCAGGAAAACGACUUUAUGCCCUAUCGACAGGUCAGCCCAUCGAAGAAGAAGAGCUGCCUCCUGUUCCUCUCGACAACGUUGUUUCUUUCGAUAAUGUUGAGAAACCACAAGAUUCUCACAAAGAUGCCAUCGAAGAGAUCCUAAAUCUCGACUCAGUGCAAGAUCUUGAGUCAGAAAGGGAAAUUCGACAGAGAAUUAAUAAGAUUAUGAAAGAAAAUGGAGAUCCAACGGUAGAAGAAGAAGACGAAGAGGAAGAACUCCAUAGUCAGAUACAAUCUCCAUCACCUGAAGAGGAAGAGUACGUUUCCAGCCCUCCUGCUCCAAAAUUUGAAAAAUCAUCUCAAAUUAAACCAAAAGUUGAAUACAAUUCUGCGGAGGAAAUCAAAGGGGAUCUCGAAAUAAACGACAUGAUCGAGAUCAAAAGCCAAACAGAGGAAGAAUCGGAAUUGGAUAACGAUGAUCUCCUUGAAUACGCGGACAACAUCAUCCACAAAGUGAAUCCUGAUAAAGUAGAAGUCGAGAAAGAGAAGAUUCCAGAGGAAGAUGAAGUAGAAAACAACGAUGACUCCGAUGCUAUUAAUUUUGUCAAUGGAUACAUCGUCAAUGCACCAACAGUCGAUGAUCCAACAGUUGGUGGCAAGUUUGUCGACGAAGACGAAGCCAACAACGACGACGACAAAGAUUUCGAAAAUAUUCUCCAAAAAAUCAAAGGAAAACAAGAAACAACAGAAGGAAAUGACGAAACAAACACACCUAAAGAAGAUCUACCAGGGAAUGUCCCACCAAAACAAGAAAAAGAAGUCAAAUUUGAAGUUCCAAUCAAACUUGACAGCAAAGCAUAUAAUAACGAAAACAAUCCAACAAAUGAUCAGGAAGAAGACAUAACACGUUCAAAGGAUGAGUUUGUUAACGAUGUCAUUAAGUCAAUUUCGCAAAAAGUUGAAGAAGUCAUCAAAGAAGAUGAUGAACUUGCCGAAACCGAACAGAAACAAGAUGAAGAAGGAAUAUACGUAUUAAAUGACAAAGAAAACGAACCAUUUGAUGAAAAAAUAAGUGACGCACAAAUAAAAGACGAAAUCAAAUACGCUCAAGAAGAUUCAAUCGAAGAAAUGAACGAAGAAGAAGAAAUCAAAACAACUGGUAAAAGUGGAGAAAAUGUUCAACAAAACAUUGAAAACAAAGAAGAAAUAAAAGAAAAUAUUGAAUCAACAGAUAAUAAUAAUAAAGAAGAAAACAACAAACAUCAAAAUGAAGAAGAAACAAAAGAAGAUUUCGGAAAUAAAGAAGAAGUUAUUGAUCAUGAAGAAAAAGUAGAAACUAUUGAUGGCCAAUCUCCUAAAGAAGAAGUUCCUAAGGAGGAAACUAUAAAUGAUCAAACACUUAAAGAAGAAGAAGUCCUUGAUCAAGAAGAAAAAGAAGAGGUAUCGAAUCAAAUUCAAGGAAAAGAAGAAGAAAUCAAAGAAGAAGUUAUUGAUAAUGAAACAUCCAAUCAAAUUAAUGAAGAAAAAGUAGAAGUUGAAGAAAACAAAGAAGAAUUUCCCAAAGAAGAAGAAAAAGUAGAAACUAUUGAUGAUCAAACACUUAAAGAAAACAAAGAAGAAGUUAUUGAUCAAACUAAAGAAGAAAAGGAAGAAAUUCCUCAUCAAGAAGAAAAAGUAGAAACUAUUGAUGGUCAAUCUCCUAAAGAAGAAGAAGAAGUUAUUGAUCAAAUUCAUGAAGAAAAAUUAGAAGUUGUAGAAAAGGAAGAAGAACUUCCUAAACAAGAAGAAAAAGAAGAGGUAUCGAAUCAAACUCAAGAAAACAAAGAAGAAGUUAUUGAUAAAAUUAAAGAAGAAAAGGAAGAAGUUGAAGAAAAAGAAGAAACUAUAAAUGGGCAAACACCAAAAGAAGAGGAAUUAUCUAAUCAAAUUGAAGAAAACAAAGAAAAUGUAAAUGAAACAGAAGAAACACAAUUGAAUGAAGAGCAAAAUGGAGAAGUCGAAGAAAUUCCUUCUGAAGAUGAUAUUUAG